GGAAGAGAAGACAGUGUGCAUCAGUCACAACAGACUGCAAGUGAUCUGGCUUGGCAGGCAGCGUCCUAGUGUGAGAGACGAUGGAGAAGGCGCUGCUGCUCUUGCUGCUCAGCUUGUGCGCCUCUCUGUCUCUGCUCGACGGCGCAGUGGCGCAGCAGUACUGGACGCCGGCCACCGCGACGUUCUACGGCGGGAGCGACGCGUCCGGCACCAUGGGCGGGUCGUGCGGGUACGGCGACCUGUACAGCGCCGGGUACGGGACGCAGACGACGGCACUGAGCACGGCGCUCUACGGCGACGGCGCCUCCUGCGGCGCGUGCUACCUCGUCACCUGCGACGCGUCGCGGACGCAGUACUGCAAGCCGGGGUCUCCUUCCGUCGCCGUCACGGCCACCAACUUCUGCCCGCCCAACUACGGCGACGCGGACGGGUGGUGCAACUCGCCGCGGCAGCACUUCGACAUGUCACAGCCGGCCUGGGAGACCAUCGGCCUGUACCAGGCCGGCAUCAUCCCGGUCAACUACCGCCGGGUCCCGUGCCAGCGGUCCGGCGGGAUCAGGUUCGGCAUCAGCGGGCACGACUACUUCGAGCUUGUGACCAUUACCAACGUGGGCGGCGCCGGCGCAGUGGCCGCGGCGUGGGUCAUGGGAACCGGCACGGACUGGCUCACCAUGAGCCGCAACUGGGGGGAGAACUGGCAGAGCGGGGCCUAUCUCACAGGAAAGGCCCUGUCGUUCAAGGUGCAGACGGACGACGGCAAGGUCGUUGUGGCGUAUAACGUGGCGCCGGCGAACUGGCAGUUCGGCAGCACCUACCAGGCCUCGGUCAACUUCUACUAGAGUUGGCCCAGUUGGCCCUGGCCGCAUCACUUCACAUUCAACUGAAUGGGCCGUGUUAACUAACAGCCCAUAAGUCCCGUAGAGAAACCUUACAUUAAACACGUGUAUAAUUUUUUUAACGUCCAUCUAAAGGAAGUUCCAUGACGAUUUUUAAUGAAUUUCGUCAUACUCUCAGUUUCAAGAUGUAAUUCGUUUAAAUCUGUUUUAUAUCUAUAGCUUUAUAUGUAUUUAGGUGUACAACAACAAAUUAUAUAUCUAAAAGUUUAAAAAUAACUUAUAAAUUA